AUGCCAACCCAGCCCGAGACGCCCCGAUCGGCCGCGCGCCGGAUCGAGAACCAGUUCGACGAGAACGAGCUCCAGGAAGAGCUCACGGCCAAGCCGAGCUUUGACGGCCCGCAACACGGCGACGACGACGACGAUGAUGAUGGCAGCUACUUGCCGCUGGACGCUACGAUCGCCGCGCUCACGGACCUGCUCGCCCGCGACGAGAACCUCCACUGCGCCGACUGCAACGCGCCCCAGCCCAAGUGGGCGACAGUGACGCACGGCGGGUUCAUUUGCACGCAGUGUGCCGGCGUCCACCGGUCGCUCGGCGUCCACAUCUCGUUUGUCUUGAGCUGCACGCUCGACAAGUGGACGCGGUCGCAGCUCGAGUGCGUCCAAGCCGGCGGCAACGCGCGCCUCAACGAGACGCUCGAGUUUUCCGUGCCAACGAUAGUCUCCAAGCCGCUGCCCGACUGCGCCCGCGACGCCCGGGAAACCUACAUCAUCGCCAAGUACGUCGAGAUGGCGUACCGCAUGGGCCCCAACAAGACGCGGCAAGAAGCCAUGUCGAGCCUCGUUCGGCCCACGGCGCGAAAUGCCGCCGCGAGCUCGCACGGGUCCCACGGCAUGGUCGAGUACGUCGGUAUCCUCACGAUCGAGCUCGUCGAAGGCGCCGACUUGGUCGCGAUGGACGUGGGCGGUAGCUCCGACCCGUACGUCUCGUUCCGACUCGGCGAGCAAGUCAUUUCGAGCCACUGCGUCAAGCAGUCGCUGCACCCAAAGUGGCGCGAAACCCUUCGGCUCUCGUGGGACGGUCAGUCGCCGCUCGUCGUGCAGGUGUACGAUUUCAACAAGUUGCAGCCGGACCGCAAGAUGGGCAGCUUUGUCAUCGACGCCGACCGCCUCCGCGUCCUCGACGCCACGAAGCCAUCCAACGUGUGGUAUGCGGCGACCAUGCCCAAGGAGUGGCCACGCAACUUUGGCGAUCACAUGGUCGCGGCCGGCGAAGGGCUCACCAAGGGCGUCGUCACGGGGAUCACAGGCAUGUGGAAGGACCCGAUCCGCGGCGCCAAGUUGAGUGGCUUUGGCGGGUUUGCAAAAGGCGUCGGGCUUGGCAUGGCCGGCGUGAUCAUUCGGCCGUUGCAUGGCUUCGGUGUCAUGGUCAAGGAGACGGCGCUCGGCGUCCUAAGCAAGAAGACUCGGGCCCGCGUCCUCAAAAACAAGACGAUCGAGGCCGGCGCUCUCCACCUCCGUCUCACGCUACAAAAGUUCUAA